AUACAUAAACUAAAACAUGUAGCCACGUUGAUUAGAAUUUCUAAAUUGCUCAUUGUUGUGAGUGUCAGAGUCAAUAUUUUAAUCAAACGUGCUAAAACCAAUAAAUUAGAUUUAUUGCUUAUUAAUUCUAAUUCUGUAGAAUGUGGAUUAUUCUAAACUAAAACUUGGUAAACAUUCUGAUUAUUCAAAUUAUUUCUUUACAAGUUCACUACUAAGUACAUAGAGAGUAUGUGUUCAUGUACAAACUGGUUUGAUUGAAAAAAAGUAUAACAAUAAUCAUACUAUUGUAGGAAUGUGAAAACUUUCAAUGUAUUAUAUCUAAUAAUUGUAAACAUAAAAGAAUGAAAGAUGGCAUAUUGUAUGAUAAAAUAAUAUUAUAAUGAAUAAAAAAAUAUUAUUGUAACUUAACUAUUAAAAGUUAUCCACCUUAAUACCAUAAUCAAAUAUUUACUACCAUCACAUCAUCAGGGACUAUUAUAGGUAUAUCUCCUGUUGGCACAAAUUAAGAAAACGCUUCUGAGUCUUUUAUGAGUUUUUAUUCUACCUGAAUGUUGUUUUUUUGCAAAUAUAAAAUUCAAUAAUAAAAUUAGCUAAGUAAUACUGUCAAUAUUUAAACCUAAACUUCUGUUUCUUACACUGCUCUGCAGUAGAGGAGUUGGACGACAAUGUGGAGGACAACACAAUACAAUGUGGACCAUAUAAAAAAAGUCACACAGUGGAAGAAUCCAACAUUAGGACUCUGGCGCCUUCUACAACUAGUGAGAAAGAAUUUGACUGUGGAGAGGACAGUACAGAAAAAGAAGAUAGAAACAACGGACAUGACGUGAGUAAAUGCUCCACAGAUGAGACGGAUGAACUGAAGGACAAAAGCCAAACAUCGCAGGCAGUUUCCUCAGUUACCACAGAAGUGACAUUUUCCAGUGACACCAACAUGAAGAAGCAGUAUCAGGAAGAAACCGAGGCAAUAUUCAACAGACUUCAUCUUCAAGACAAACUUGAACAGAAGAUGUCUCCUGCUAAUUUUCUUAUGAUUGGUUCAUCUGUGAAACCUGACCAUGAGACAUUUGAGAAAGAUCUAGCUUGUACAUUUAUUCAGCGGUUGAUGAUGUUAGACUACAGAGCCAGAUACAUCCCUGUAAAACAACAAUGUCCUGAGGUGAGAAAUUCCGUGGUCCGAACCGUAACAGUAGGUACAGAUGAAAGUGAUGAUGAUGAUUUUUACAGCGUCAGUGUUGAACCUGAUCAGUUAAAACAGACUCAUGUUCAUCCGAUGGACGUUCAGAUGGCCGUGUUCCACUGCUCAGACAGCUUCCUUCAGCAGAACAUGGUCACUAAACUCUCCCAGUGUCAGUACGCGUUACCUCUGCUGGUUCCUCACCCACUAACAGGUGAGGUUCAGUUUCCUCUCUGGACGUUCAGACAAAUCAAAAAAACAUGGAAGACAUCAACCAAAGAUGGCGUCACCAUGAAGAGUGUCCCCGUCUACAAAGCUCAGACCCCCAUGGUGUCGUUCUUGCGUCUGGGUUCUCUGUCAGUGUCUAAGUCUCAGCUGAUGAACGACCUGAUCAACGAGCGUCACAGCACCUUCUUCCACAGAAACUGUGCAGGCAGCACCAAGAGCCGGCUGCUGAUGGACGGCGUGGUAGAGAUCGCCUGGUACUGUCCUGCUGGGAAAGCCAACGAUGCCUUCACUGACUGCAUCACCUUCUGUAACCUCCAUGGAGACGCUUUAGAGUUUGAACAGCAGCGAGACAUACUGGUUGAAAAGUCUUCAGUCAACGUUGUUCUGGUACCAACACUGAAGAAAGGAGACAAAGGCAGUUCAAUCAUCAAAGCCCUCCUUAAGUCUGAAAAACCCCUGAUUUGUCUUAUUGUGGAUGACAGCUGUGAUGCUUUUGAGACAAGAAAAGGAAAAUACAAAAUAGGUCUGAAAGACAGAAGUCAGUCAGAUGUUUCUAUAGAGUUUAAAAGAAUAACUGGAAAUAUUUUGUCUGGACCACAUGAAUCCUUCCAGCUUGAAACCUUGGCUGAGGUCUCUGGAAUCAGAGUGGAUGAAAAUGAGCCCAUGUAUCAAAACAAAAAAUCUAGUGCUUUGAAAGUUCUGCAUUUGUUUAAGGAAAUGGAUGUUUCAGAGAUCAAAGAUACAUUUUUCCUUUAUCAAGGUGAACUGUGGCACAAGUGGUGCAAAAUAAACAAAGAGCUGUAUCAUCUCAAAGGACACAUUGAGAAAGAAAAAUGUAAAAAGCAACAAGAACUGAAGCAAAUACGACAAGAUCAGUGCAAAGCUUCCUACAGUAAAGUGAUGAACUUGUUCAUCCAUGGUCUGUCUUCACUGCCAGCAACAGACAAAACAUAUUUUCUCAAAUGGACUCAGAUCCUAAUAGACGCUCUUUCUACUGAUGAUCUGGCUUCAAUUCUCCAAAGCUAUGAUGAAAAAUGGACUGAGGUCUUGGCUCUGAAGAAGAAUCACGGCAAAUCAGAUCAGUUAAAAACCAAACAAACUGAGCUUGAACAAAUCUCCAAGAAGCUUCAGUCGGCCACGUUUGGCUUGGAGCACAUCUUUAGAGAAAUGGGGCAGAUCUAUGAAGCCCAUAAAUCUCUGGACAAACCUACAGAGGAGGUUCUGACCGACUGGUCCAAAUACCCGGAGCUGGCUGCAGAGCUGAUGAUAUCAGGACACCCCCUGGAGCUGAUGGAUGGAGACGCAGGUCACGUGCCUCUAACUUGGGUCUCCAGUGUUUUAGAUGAAGUCAGGAGGAAAGUGGGCGACUGCAGAGUCUUUGUGUUGUCGGUUCUGGGCAUUCAGAGCAGCGGGAAGUCAACGAUGCUGAACGCCAUGUUUGGACUGCAGUUUGCAGUGAGUGCUGGCAGAUGCACCAAAGGAGCCUUCAUGCAGCUGGUCAAGGUGUCAGAGGAGAUGAAGCACCUGGGGUUUGACUACGUUCUAGUGGUGGACACUGAAGGACUGCGAGCUCUGGAACUGGAAGGGCACAACACACUUCACCACGACAACGAGCUGGCAACACUUGUUGUUGGUCUGGGAAACAUGACGCUCAUCAACAUCUUUGGAGAGAAUCCAACUGAGAUGCAGGAUGUUCUGCAGAUUGUUGUUCAGGCUUUUAUGAGGAUGAAGAAGGUCAAACUUUCUCCAAGUUGUGUCUUUGUUCACCAGAAUGUUACAGACAUCACAGCCAAGGAGAAAAACCUGGAAGCAAAGAGACGUCUGCAAGAAAAACUGGACCAGAUGGUUCAGCUAGCAGCCAAAGAGGAGGGCAGUGAUGCACAGUGUUUCAGUGACAUCAUUGCAUUCGAUGUUCAGACAGAUGUAAAAUACUUUGCUCAGCUGUGGGAGGGAAGUCCACCGAUGGCUCCUCCAAACCCAGGUUACAGUGAGAGCGUCCAGGAGCUGAAGGAUUUCAUCCUGUCUAAGGCUUCACAGUCUGAUGGGAUCACUCUGUCACAGUUCAGAGGUAAAAUCCAAGACUUGUGGAACGCCCUGCUACAAGAAAACUUUGUCUUCAGCUUUAAAAACACAAUGGAAAUUAUAGUGUACAGGAAACUUGAGGUUCAGUAUGGAAACUGGACCUGGACCCUGAGGAGCAACAUGUUGACCAUUGAAAACCAGCUUCACACCAGAAUUGAAAAUGGAAAAUUGGACAAAGUUGAGACCAGUUAUCUUUAUAAAGAAAUAAACAAAACAUAUGAAGAAAUCAAAAAUGAAAUGAAAAAGUACUUUGAAGAUAACACAGACAAAGAAAUGUUGGUUCAGUGGAAAGAACGAUUCAAAAACAAAAUCAAAGGGUUUCAAGAUGAGCAAGUGAAAGAAGUGAAAAGAAAACUGGACGAAGUUCUCCAGCAGAAGAAAGCUUAUAAAAAGCUUGACAGUCAGAAGACAGAGUUUGAGAACAAGCUGCUCCAACAGAGCAAAGAACUUGCUCACAAGUUAAAAGACAAGGACAAAGAUGAAGAGGAACUGAAGAAGCAGUUCAACUGUAUGUGGAGUGACUGGGUCACAGAACUGACUGCCAAUACAACACCUAUUCAAGACAUUAACUUUGAAGACGACCAGUUUAAUGUUCUUCAAGAUCUUGGUAUUGACUCGACUCUCAUAGUUCAAUCCAUAAGCAGUGAUGAAUAUAAAAACAUAUCAAAGAUUGGCGAUUACAGCAAGUAUGUCUCCACCAAUAAACAACAAGAGCAGGUCGGCUGUGACACAAGCCAACAACUAGAAGAUAAAAGAAAGAACAAAAAGGGGCAAGGAUUUUCAAUUACAAAGGCUUGGGCUUUAUUUAAAAGACUGUUUGGAUAUGGUUCAACACACCAAAUCAAACUAGAAACAUCAAGUGUUUUACCAUAUGAGGAACAAAGCUGCAUCAGGUCUCUUAUUGGCAAUGCCGAAAAACAAACACAUAAAAUAUUGAAGAGCAAGCCUUUGACUACAAGAGGCUACUCAUCAACAUAUUUGCAAGAAAUGGCAAAAGCUGUUAAAGAUGAGGUGACAGAAUUUGAAUCCCAGAGGAAAUAUGCUCUGAAGAAGGAGUUUACAGUUGAUCUGUUACUGUUUGUGUUUGAUAGAGUUAAGAGGUGGAUUUCAGAGUCUCAAGAGACAUUUAAAAAGAACAAUGAUGCUGCAACCUUUGUAAAUAGCAAGAAAAGCCAAUAUUACAGUGUUUUUAGUAGCUACUGCAAAGGAAGCUCAUCUGCUGUUGUUCUGGGAGCACUAAUCUGUGAAAAACUGAAGGUUUCCACUAUUGAGGCUGUCUGUAACCAGACAGCUAUUGAUCUGGCCACAGUGAUGAAGUGUGAUUAUCCAGCAUUCAAUGGGAACAGACUGAACCUGGAGAAACAUGUGUUGAAGUCUCUGGCAAAGAAGGAAAACUUUGAAGAUUUCAUCACUUACAUCCGGAAUCCAAAGCAACAAGUGGAGAAAUUUAUAAAAGAGGAGGUAAAGAAAUACAUCUUCACAGAACACAAAGACAAAGCUGAGAAAAUACUCAAACAAAAUGUUGAUGGUAUUAAAACGCUGGUGAUUCGGGCUUCAUCUACUGCAACAGACAAAGUUAAAGAGGGAGGAGAUGUAAACACAUGGCUGAAGGAGUUCUCUAGUUUGCUAAAGGAUAACAUGACAUUUGACACCAUCUCAUCUCAAAGUUUCAGUGAUAUAAACAAUUUUGACUUCCUUAAAGAAGAGACAGAGAAAGGGCUUGUCGACAUUAGAUCCAUGUCACUGGAUCAAUUGAAUACCUUCAGGCUGCAGCCAGAUCAGAUGCUCAUUGACCAGCUGUGUAGGUGCUGCUGGGAAAAGUGUCCAUUCUGUGCAGCUGUUUGUACCAACACUCUAGAAGAUCACAGUCCUGACAAACACAACGUUCCUUUCCAUCGACCAUCUGGGGUUGAAGGAUGGCACAUUAGACACACAGUGGAUCUGGUCAUUGAUUUCUGCACCACGUUAGUUGCAAGUGACAGAAGUUUCUAUCCUUGUAAUGAUUCAGAAGAAAGGGUUCCUUAUAAACAGUAUCAAAAUGGAGGAGCGAAAUAUGCUUCUUGGAUGAUAACAGCUGACGAGUCCAAGCUGACUUACUGGAAAUGGUUUGUGUGUCGAUUUCAAAACCAACUGGAGGACUACUACAACUUAAAAUUUCAGAACAGAGGAGAAAUUCCCAGUGAAUGGAGGAUGCUCACUAAACAAGACGCAAUUAAUAGUCUGGAUGAAAUGUGCAACGAAUGAAGAACCAAUGCCUGGCGGCUAAAUUGGUGGAGCAGAAGGUUGCCAGUUAGAAACCAGUUGGUCUCACUUUUUUUAUAUUUUAUUCAUAGUACAGAAGUCUUUAAAAUAUCACAGAUCGGCGACGUUUUCAUUUUCAUUAAAUGUAGUUACUUCUUUUUCUGUGACUGUUAUGAAUGUUCUGAGACUUAAUUAUGAAAUGUAAAUUAAAUGUAUGAAAUAUGAAAUUAAGGUUUUAAAAAAACUAAAUAAUAUUUUUACAAAAUUAAUUAAACUUGUAUCAGUUG